AUGAAUGCAGACCUCACAGCUGUUAUUAUGACGGGGACGGGGAAAGAAUACGCCUUCUACGACAGGUCAGCCAUUUUGCGGCAGAAGUUCCCGCUGAGUGCGGCGAUGAUGGUGGUCUCCUGUGCGAUGUGGGUCCUCAUCUUCGCCGGCAUUUCAAGGUCACGAAAGAGGCCGACACUGUGGAACCCUGUAAAGAGCCUUUUAGUUCCAUGCAGAGCGAGAACUCCAAGAAGGUGGAGAAUUACCCCGGGGGGAGUAGCUUUGCCUUAUAUUGUCCGAAUCGCGUCGGAGAAGGGUCACACGGAUGAAGUUCCCAACGACUCGAACAUCCCGACCAUCAUCACAGCUGUGUCGUCUGCGCAGUUCUACCAAGUUCAAGGUCUUAUCAAACACCUGAAGGCAAUAGAAGGAUACUAUCCAGAUCUUAACCUCGUCAUUUAUGAUGUUGGGUUAUAUAAAAGAGAAUUUGAGUUGUUGGAAAAAUACUGCAACUGUGUCGUCAGGAGGUUCAUCACCAGCGCCUACCCCAACCACGUUGCCGACUACAGCAACAAUGCAUGGAAACCAAUCAUAUUGCAGACAACUCUAGACGAAUUUGGAUCCAUCAUGUACAUGGAACCGACUGCCAGGUUUAAAGGUCCGGACUCGCUUAAAGUAAUUCGGAACAGAGGCUGGCGGGAUUUCAUGGUGUGGGAUUUGCAGAUUCACGUGGACGUCGUGGCUUAUACAGAUCCGGAGAUGUUCCGGUACCUUGGGGAGGACCGAUGUGCCUUUAAGGAAACCGGCAUGAUUGACACGGACAUAAUGGUUUUGUUCAGGUCAAAGAGGACCUGGGAGCUGAUGAUGAAGCCUUGGUUGAAAUGUGCUUUCAGUGCGGACUGCAUCGCUCCGUCGGGAUCUCGACAUGACGUUUGUUUUCAUAUUCGGAAACCAAAGACAACGGGUUGUCAUAGAUACGAGCAGUCAGCUCUCAGUAUAGUUUUGAAUAGGGCGUUACAAGUGUCGAUUAAGAGAGACAGGUAUAUUCCGCCAAGGAUGACAUAUCAUACAGAAGAGGAGGUGGUUGUAUUCCCAGAGCAGCCGUGGACAAAUACUCAGUUAUAUAUUUUAUUCGGCAUUCCAGUGGGUUUACUUAUUUGUUUCAAAUGUUUGUGUUUUGGAGGGAAAUUUAAGUUCAGGUGAUGGUAAUGGCCAGUUCUUUCUCAGGAAUUAACACAACGAAUAUUUUCGAUCUCAGAAUUGGGGUUAAUUUGGAACACUUGCCAAUCUUUCCGAAUACGUCCAGGUCGGCACAAAAAGAGCUGUUUUUAGUGACUGAGUUUGGUUUUACGCCGCUUUUAGCAAUAUUCCAGCAACAUCACGGCGGUGCUGUUUUUAGUGAAAUGACAUACUGCUAAAACAGCACAUUGCUAUUAAACCAUGAAAGACCUCGCAUACCUAAACAAAUGUAAGUAUUGAAUAUUGCAACCAUCAUUACCAAACGAGAAACUUAAAUAAUACUCGGCUGCAGGAAUCGAUAAGAUGAUUCAACUGGCGCAGAAACCAAGCAUUCCUGAUUGAACCUAUUGAUAUGGGUAUGUCUGUGUGCAAGGAUAGAAUAUGCCUAUUUGUCUUAAACUGGUCUCAGCUCAAAUUUCUAUGAAUCUAGUUGUGAGAAGCAUGUCUGAAUGCGUGUGUUUGAGCAUCAGAGAGAAAGAACGAUUGGUUUACUGAAACCUCCCCGGAACAGGAAAGUUGAGUCCGCAUUUGUUUCAUUUUGGUGAUAUCAGUAGACCAACUAUUUUGAUUUUGUUCCAAGCACCCCAGUGUAGAAUAGUGGUAUGACUGAUGAGUUGUUUAUAAGUAACAGGACUGAAUGUUGACUUUGACAACAGACUGAGCCAAAUGAUUUUUAUCAUGGAGUCACUAUUCAUGAGUUAUCCUUAUGUGACUGUGAUAAGAACAUCUGCUUGCCAUAAAAAAUCACCCCACAUCUGAACCUAUACACUUUAUUUUGAUUCAUAAUAAAUCAUGACCAAUGCA